AUGGUGAUCAUGCUAUUUGCUGUUGGCCAUUUUUGUGGACAGAUUCGCUGGGAAUUGAAAUUACAUUUCGAAUCGUCUUCAGGAGAAAUUUCAUUGACACCCAAACAAUUUUCGGUCAGAUUACCUUGUCAGUUUACCAAGAAACUUCUACAUUCAAGCUUUGAUGAUGUUGGUUAUGAAUGCUUGUUUAAAACUACUUUUGCAGUUGAUAAAAGUUUAAAGUUUCUCAUUGUUUAA